UCAUUUUUUGUAAUUAUUUAUUUUAAAUUUCACCUUUAGCGUAUUUGCAAUUGCUUUUUUGACUAAUAUUACCGAGAAUUCAAACUUAUUUUCAUUGAGGGUUAAACUGUUGCCUCUGUUGUCCUUAUCAUGUUAAGGCACAGAUAUAGUUCGAUAUGCAAUUUAGCUUCAGCUCCUCCGCAAAAUCUAAGAUUAAAACAUGGUUGUUGGGAAAGAAGAUUUUGAUGCGGAAUAUGCUCUUACUUCAAAGAACGAUGAAACUUUUAUCUUAUAUUUCUGAAUGCUUGCAUUUUCAUAUAUUGGCUAUCUAUUGUUGUCAAGAAUUUUUGCUGUAAGGUAUAUAAAAUGGCUUUUCUUGGAUUCUUGUUUGUAUAGAAUCAAAAUGGUGGGUUUUGAUUCUUGAAUUGUGUAAGGACAAAAGUUACGCGCAAAGUGCAAACUUGCAAAAUUGUUGCUUUCACUUCUGUAUUUGGUGGCGAUGGUUGUGGCUUCAUCAGCCUCUAGGGAUGCCCAAACAUUUAGAUCACCAGCCCACUUAACUAUGUCAAAAGGUUAAGGUUGUUAGAGUGUAAGCCCAGGGCUUAUGGCCUUAACUGAACAUUCUGGGUCACCAGCCGGGCUCCAACACAAUUGCUGUCGCUGAAACAGAUUAAAUAAAUGACGUCAACGUCGAAAGAAGAAAAGAAAUAAAGGAGUAAAGGAAGAGACUUUCAUCGAUUUUCGUUCUUCGUAGAAGAGCAUCCGGCUGUGGACCCAGGGAUUUUGGCGGCGGUUUCAGGAUGGUGGGGAGAAGGAAGCCGCUUGUGCUUUCUUCCACCAAAAUUCUCGUCAACUCGGUACUGAGUUUCACGCGACUCAAUGAAACCGAACCAACUAAUCUUUCCGUUGAUGGUUUGCGUUUAAGGACGGGGAUUUUAAGGUUUUCGAAGGACAAAAUUGAUAUUUCGGAUUCCAAGUUAGCUUCUCUUGACGAUUCUGCUUUGGUGGGACUAUCUACUUCUGCAUUGAAGAGACUAUCAAUAACUUCUGGUUCGCUGGUGCUUGUUAGAAACGAGGAGACAAAGAUACAAAGAAUUGCUCAGGUUGUUGUUUUAGAUCCUCCACAUACCCAUGUCGACACGUCUCUAAGCAAAGAACCCGUUUCCCAUCCUCCACAUAUAAUGCAUGUGUUUCCGUCAUACAAUUUUCCUCAAAAUGACUCAGUAUUAUUGGAUUGUGACGUUGCCUAUGUAUCUCCUCUAUUAGCUUUUAACCUUAACCUACACAUAUCAUGCUUUAGAUCUCUUGUCCAUGAAGGGAAAGAGACUUUAGCAUCUCUCUUCGAAGGUAAUGUGGAUGAUAAGGCUUGUAGGGGAGACACCGAUUCUUCUGUUAUCAGUUUAUGGUUGGAACCUUUGGCUCGACUGCCAAAAUAUGCAUCACAUUUAAGGGUUUCCUUUGUUAAGAUACCAGAAUGCAGUUCCCUGGAAUCUUUGAGAGGAAUUUCUUCUAUUGAAGCUGAAGAUCGCCAAGAAAUGAUUGAUUCAGCAUUACACAAGUAUUUUGAAGUGGAUAGAUAUUUAGCGAGGGGAGAUGUUUUCAACAUUUGCUUAAAUUGGAACUGCAAUUCAGUCAUUUGCAUUCCUUGCAGCUCAAGAUUGCAAAAUCGUAGUGAUAAUAUCAUCUAUUUCAAGGUUGUUGCUAUGGAGCCAUCAGAUGAAGCAGUUCUUCGAGUCAAUCGUACUCAGACUGCUCUAGUUCUUGGAGGGAGCGCUUCAUCCGCUGUUCCCCCCGAUUUGUUGAUCGCUGGAUCAAAAAGUUUUGCCCCUUUUCAAGGGGACACAGUGAAGAUUUUAGCAUCCAUUCUUACACCACCUCUAUGCCCAUCACCACUUUCUUUGAAAUUUAGAGUUUCUGUUCUACUACAUGGUCUGCCAGGUUGUGGGAAGAGGACUGUUGUUAGAUAUGUUGCUAAGCGACUAGGUCUACAUGUGGUUGAAUAUAGCUGCCUUAAUUUGACGGCAUCUACUGAGAAGAAGACCUCUGCUGCAUUGGCUCAAGCUUUCAACAGUUCGCAAAGAUACUCACCAACAAUACUUCUACUACGCCAUUUUGAUGUUUUUCGGAAUUUGGCCUCUCAUGAAGGUUCCCAAAGUGAUCAAAUUGGGCUUUCCUCUGAAGUUGCAUCGGUCAUCAGAGCUUUCACUGAGCCAGUUGAUAAUGACGAAGAUGAAUAUGCUGAAGACAAGUCAAAUGGUGAUUUUCCUGGAAAGGAUAAUGAUAAUGUGGGAAGGCACCAGGUGCUGCUAGUUGCCACUGCUGACAGUUCUGAAGGUCUGCCACCAGUCAUUAGGCGUUGUUUCAGCCAUGAAGUAAGCAUGGGUCCCUUGACUGAAGAACAAAGGGCUGAAAUGUUGUCUCAGUCACUGCAAGGUGUUUCUGAACUCCUUUCUGAUACUUGCUUAGAGGAUUUUGUGAAGGACAUAGUAGGACAGACAUCUGGCUUCAUGCCUCGGGAUUUGCAUGCUUUAGUUGCUGAUGCUGGUGCUAACUUAAUCCGGAGGAGCAAUUUUCAAACUGGCAAAGCAGAAUCCUCACAAUCAGAUUAUCCUGAUAGAGUUAAAGCAGUAAAUGAUACAUCAAGCAAUACUGCAGCUCAUUCUAUGGGGAAAGAGGACUUGGCAAAAGCAUUGGACCAAUCAAAGAAGAGGAAUGCAUCUGCACUAGGUGCUCCAAAGGUUCCUAACGUGAAAUGGGAAGAUGUUGGUGGACUGGAGGAUGUGAAGAAAUCAAUUUUAGACACUGUUCAGUUACCUCUCCUGCAUAAGGAUUUAUUUUCGUCUGGCUUGCGAAAGCGUUCUGGUGCUCUUCUAUAUGGUCCUCCUGGAACAGGGAAAACUUUGUUGGCAAAAGCUGUGGCAACUGAGUGUUCCUUAAAUUUCCUUAGCGUAAAAGGGCCUGAACUAAUUAACAUGUACAUAGGAGAGUCAGAGAAGAAUGUUCGAGAUAUUUUCCAUAAGGCCAGGUCAGCACGGCCAUGUGUCAUCUUCUUUGAUGAACUCGAUUCUCUUGCUCCUGCUCGAGGUGCUUCUGGGGAUUCUGGGGGUGUUAUGGACCGAGUGGUUUCUCAGAUGCUUGCAGAGAUUGAUGGCCUUAACGAUUCUACACAGGACCUAUUUAUUAUAGGAGCAAGCAACAGACCAGAUCUUAUUGACCCAGCUCUUCUGAGGCCUGGUAGAUUUGACAAACUGCUAUAUGUUGGAGUUAACUCUGACGCAUCUUAUAGAGAGCGAGUACUUAAAGCACUUACCAGAAAGUUUAGAUUGCAAGAAGAUGUAUCCCUUUAUUCAAUUGCAAAAAGGUGCCCACCAAACUUCACUGGUGCAGAUAUGUAUGCCUUAUGUGCAGAUGCUUGGUUUCAUGCUGCAAAGCGCAAGGUGUUGAAUUCAAAUUCAGAUUCUUCUUGCACAGAUCAAGCUGACUCCAUUGUUGUAGAAUAUGAUGAUUUUAUUAAGGUCUUGGGAGAGCUUUCACCAUCCCUUUCCAUGGCAGAGCUUAAGAAAUACGAAAUGCUUCGAGAUCAGUUUGAAGGGUCUUCAAACUGAAUGAAAGUAUUCCAAAUUCCAUGUUUCACAUUUCAGCCUUCAAAAAAAGAAAGAAAUCUCUUCUUUUGCCGGACGACUUUCCUAUCUUGAUACAGCUGUAACAUGGUUUUAGUGUGUAAGGUUGGGCUUGUCCGAUAGGAUAGGACAAGUAAAAUUAAUGUCUCCCUUUAGAUCAUGAUGUGUUGUUUUUAAGACUGUUUUGAAACAUUGGCCAUUGGGACAUCACUUUCGACAGAAGCCCUCAUUGUUAUAAUUUUCUCCAAAAACUACACCCACAAAGUUGGUAUUUAUAUGUUUAUUAAUGAAGCUAAUAAUUCCCAACUGCCUAGUUAUAAUUGUAUUUCUUAUUUUCAAAGUUCCAACAUAAUAACUAAAAUAAUGAAGGGCGCAUAAACCAAAGCAUAUCCAUCAUCCUCUCAUUUUAUUCCGGAAA